UGCUUUGACGGAUACGAGACUCGGCUGCAGAGUGAACAAGUAAAGGUACCGGACGAGAGAAAUCCGGCAGCCAUCGCACCGACGACUAACAGGGGGGGAUAAUUUUGACUUGGCCCCCUUCUUGCUGCUGCGGAACAAAGCUUUCGUUGUUUGGUUGCGGGCCUCGACCAUCAUCAUGUCUGGGCUCGCGGGAGGAGGGAACAGCGGCGGCGGAAUGAGCGCGACGUUGAACAGCCUGCUUGAGAAGACAAGCAACUGGGACAAGGACGAGCGGUACAUGGCCACGAACGACCUGUGCAAUGAGCUGCAGAAGGACAUCAAGAUCGACGCCACCAUGGAGAGGCGUAUCUGUACCGCUGUGCUGAAGCAGCUGGAUGACAACAGCAACGACGUGCAGACCAUUGCCGUCAAGUGCCUUGGCGCUCUACUGCGCAAGGUUCAAGAAGCCCAGGUGGGAGAGAUAUGUGACAAGCUGUGUGACCUCAUCCUCGACGGCAAGGCGGAGCUCCGGGAUAUCUACUCGAUAGGCCUCAAGACUCUCAUCUCCGACGUGCCCGACGCCUUCGGGCCGUCGGUGGCUCAGCGCUUGACCGUGCGUCUGCUAGGCGGCGUCGACCAGGACCAGACGGUGGACAUCAAGCUCGAGUGCCUCGACAACCUCACGGACUUGGUCAAGAGGUUCGGACGGGAAGUGGAAAGCAAGCACGAGCGCAUCAUGACGGUGGUGUUGAAGCAGCUGCCCCACGAGCGCGUGGUCGUGCGGAAGCGGGCGGCCACCUGCUUGGGGUCGGUGGCGGUGGUGGUAUCGGAGUCACUGCUCAACCGGCUGGCGGUGCACCUCCUCCAGAAGAUCUCGGAGUCUCCCCCACCCGACGUCGUGCGCACACUCAUCCAGACGAUCGGGACCAUCAGUCGCACCGUGGGAUACCGGCUUGGACGACACCUGGACUCCAUCGUGCCGCUAUUCUUCCAGUUCUGCGGCGACCCUGAGGACGAGAGCCUGCACACCGAGGCUGCCGACGAGCUGAGGGAGAACUGCUUCCAGGGGUUCGAAUCGUUCGUGAUGCGGUGCCCUCGCGAGGUCACGCCGCACCUCAGCGGCAUCAUCAGCGUGUCCCUGCAGUACAUCAAGUACGACCCGAACUACAGCUACGGGGACGAUGAGGACGGCGAUGAAGACGUCGACAUGGACGAGGAGUACGAAGAGGAGUUCAGCGACGACGAAGGGGGCGCCUCGGACGACGACGACACCAGCUGGAAGGUCCGCCGCAGCGCCAUCAAGGUGCUCAAGGCGGUCAUCGAGUGCCGCUCCGAGCUUCCCGACGAGGUGUACAACAGGUGUCCGGACGAGCUGAUCGCGCGGUUCAAGGAGCGCGAAGAGAACGUUCGCACGGAUGUCGUGGGGUGCUUCUCCAAGCUCUUGGAGGCGGCGUAUUCCGCGGGCGGUUCCGCCGCGCGGGUGAGGGCGGGCGGGGGUGGGGGGAGGAGCGGAGGAGGACGGGGGCGGGGGGGGGGAGGGGACGCGGGCGUUCACCAAUACUACCACCCGCACACGCGAGAAACACCGAAGGGGAUGGAGGAGCGGCAGAAGGUGGCGCUGACGGCGCUGAAGAGCAAGCUCGGGGCCAUAGUGAAGGCCUCCGACAAGCAGCUUAAGGGGAAGAGCCACAAGACCAUCGUGGCCAUAUUCCAGAUGCUGCGGACGCUGUGCGUGAGCCUCAAGCUGGAGGCGCUGCUGUUCCUCCGGCUGAGCAUGGAACAGCACCCCCCCUUCGUCUUCCACGCGACGGUGCAAGAGAGCAUCAAGCAUGUGACCGCGUGCGUGAAGGAGGACUGGUACAAGAUCAUCGCGGAGGCCCUGAGAGUGGUCGGCAGCAUCAUCAAGAUUGUGCGGCCGCUGUCGGUGGAGACGGACGCGAUGGUCGACGACUUCGCCUUCCAGCCCCUGGUGCAGCCCUUGUACGACGCCAUCUACCCCAGGCUGUCGGCGCACGACAUCGAUCAGGAGAUCAAGGAGUGUGCGAUCACGUCGAUGGGACUGCUGCUGGCGCACCUGUCCUCUGACCUCACCAAGCAGCUGCCAGAGGUACUGGGCCUGCUGAUGGACCGCCUGGGCAACGAGAUGACCCGGAUGGCCACGCUCAAGGCGCUGGCCGCUGUGUCGGUCAGCCCCCUCAAGGUGGACCUCAAGCCCAUCCUGCCCUCCGCCACGCAGGAGCUCGCCCAGUUCCUCCGGCAGCAGUCGAGGCCCCUCAAGCAGACCACGCUCGAGACCCUGCUCGCCUUGAUUGGGAGGUGGCGGCUGGCCAGCUCUGUCCUCAAGAUGUCCUGCUUGAUCUUGGAGGUGUCCCCCAACUCCGCCGAGGCCGUUCGCGUCGAGGUGCUCCCCCGGGCGCUUGACCUGUCCACCUCUCCGCUGCUGCAAGGGCUUGCGCUGGCAUCACUCCUCAACCUCUUCAAGAUCUUGGUGGGCAUUAACCACAAGGGGAUGGGCUUCGACGACCUGCUGGGGGCGUUACAGAACGGGGUGGCAACCGGAGGCGACAGGCUGCAGAAGCAAGCCAUCGGCAACAUCGCCAGGUGUAUGGCGGUGCUGUGCGCGCAGACAAGCGACGCGGCCAGGAACGAGACGGUUGCCCGCCUGGUGGAGGACAUGCAGGUCAAGGACGGUAAGGACGGCAAGGGAGACAACCGCAAGCACCUCGCCCUUCUGGUUAUCGGGGAGCUCGGCCGACAAUCGGAUCUCAGCAGGGUCAAGAACCUGCAGGGCAUCAUUUUGGGGCGUUUCGAGGGCGGAAACGAGGAGACGAAGACGGCGGCCGCGUACUCGCUGGGGCAUGUCGCGGUCGGCAACAUGGCCAUGUACCUGCCCGGCAUCCUGGACGCGUUCGAGAAGUCGGUCAAGCACCAGUACCUGCUGCUGUCCUCCCUCAAGGAGGUGAUUGUGUGCCACGCCAGCACCCCGGGGCUGGAGUUCGGCCCCUACGUUGACCAGGUGCUGCCUCACCUCUUCCAGCACUGCACCAGCGACGAAGAGGGGGUCCGCAACAUGGUUGCCGAGUGCCUGGGUGUGCUGACCAGCAUGCACCCCCAGAGGCUCGUGCCGGAGCUGUUGGAGCUGCCGGGAGACAAGCCGAACCCCCUCACGCUGUGGACUCUGGCGACGUCUCUGAAGUACUGCAUGGCCGGCAACGCCCCCGUCGAGGAGCUGUCCCCCCACAUGGAGUCCUUCCUCAAGAUGCUGCACAACGACGACCUGGACGUGAAGAAGGCGGCCCUGCUCAUGGUCAACGCCGCUGUACACCACCAGCCUUUCCUGGUGUCAGAACUGUUGCCCGGCCAGAUCAUCCCCGCCCUCUACUCCACCGUUGAGCUCAAGUUGGAGAGAAUCGUCGACUUGGGGCCAUUCAAGCACAAGGUGGACGACGGCGAGCCUCUCCGAAAGGCGGCCCUGUCGUGCAUCGACACCAUCCUCGACAACCUGCCCAACAGGCUGGACGUCGGCACCCUCAUGCCCUACCUUGCCAAGGGCACGGGCGACUCCAAGCCAGACGUCCAGAUGCUCUGCCACCAGAUCGUGUCCAAGAUCAGCGAGUACUCCCCCGGAGGCGUCCUUGGCUCGCUCAACUCCCUCAUCGAGCCCCUCGAGAAGACGUGCAACAAGCAGGUGAAGGCUGAGCAGGUGGGCACUGAAGUGGAACGAGCCAACGACCUCAUCCGUAGCGCCCUCCGAUGCGUCGUGGCCAUCUCCAAGAUCGACGAGAUCGAGGUGAGCCACAAGUUCACAGAGUUCAUGGAGCGGCUGCACAGAAAGGACCGCCUUGUGAACAUGAUGGCCAGCAUCAAGUCGGAGCGCACGCUAGAGGGCUGAAUGGAGAGGAGAAACAAGUGGGGCCAGGGAG